AUGACGAUUAUGAUCUGCACUCUGCCUGAACUGCUGGCCUUUGUUCUAAACAGUCUGAAGAGAAAACGAAAAAGAAACGUCUUGGCACACGGCUACAAUUUUCUGUCCGUGGCUCAGGAGGAUCGGGAUGCGGAUCACUUCAAAUUCCAAGGAGAUAUCACUCAAAGCGCUGCCUACAUCCAUGGCAGCGACCUGUGGAAGAAAGUCACAGUACGUCUCGGCACGGACAUCACAAGGUACCUGUUGGAAAGCUGCUCUGUUUUUGUGGCGGUCCCGCCUUCGUGUGUUUUCCAGGUGUGCGGUGUCCCCGUCUAUGACAGAGUGUCCAUGACUACUGCCUCCGUUGGAUUUUCUGUCCAGCCUCGGUCCAGGACACGUAACGCUGCUCAGAUUGAAAGGUAUCGAGCUGCAGGGACCUCAAAAAGGAGACAGGAAGUUGAGAAUCCUACUGUCAGCAGGAAGAGGAACAGAAUGGAUUUAAGGGUGAAAAAGGGGAAAAGAAAGAGAGAAACUGAUGAAAUUAUGACUUGUUCGGGAAAGAGGAGGCGGGUAGGACAGCGAGAACCCACACACGAACAGGUUUGCCAUGAAACGGUGGAGGAAGGGCAGCCCAUGUUUGUGGAACCAAACCAACUAUCUAUAAAGCCUUUGGAAAAUGGCACUCCUGGUUCCAAACAGCCUGCUGAACUGCAAACAGCCACACUUCCCUUAGAGGGAGGACCCAGUUGGAGAUCAGGGAUUUUCCCCCCUUUGCCUCCCUCGCAAUGUUUUAUCCGCACACUGGGAUUCCUUUACGGGGGGAGGGGCAUGCGUGGCUUCCUUCUCAACAGGAAGAAGAAGAGCGCUGAUGGAUGCAGAAGACUACAAGGGCAAGAUCUGGUGCGAACAGUGUUCUUUGAGGGACUGGCGUAUCUGAACGGUGUGGAGAGGAAGCCAAAGAAACUCCCCCGGCGCUUUUUUAACAUGGUCCCCCUGUUCAGUCAGCUGUUGCGUCAACACAGGAGAUGUCCCUACAGCAGAAUACUGCAGAGGAUGUGCCCACUGGUGGAGGAGAGAGAUGGAGGACAAGGGGAACUGAGCACCCUCUUGCCUCAACACUGUGCACCUCACCGGGUCUACCUGUUUGUCAAGGAAUGCCUCUCGGCUGUGAUCCCGCAGGAGCUGUGGGGCUCCGAUCGCAACCGACUUCAUUUCUUUGUCAGGGUCAGGGGCUUCUUGUACAGCGGCAAGUUUGAGAAGCUCUCACUGGCUGAACUGAUGUGGAAGAUGAAUGUGAACGACUGCGAUUGGUUGAAGAUCAGCAAAACGGGCAGGUUCCCGCCCAGUGAGCUCUCAUAUCGGACACAGAUCCUGGGUCAGUUCCUUGCUUGGCUACUGGAUGGCUACGUAGCGGGCCUGGUUCGAGCCUGUUUCUACGUCACUGAGAGUGUAGGCCAGAAGAACGCCACCAGGUUCUACAGACAGGAAGUCUGGUCAAAACUGCAGGACUUGGCCUUCAGGGGUCACCUCUCUAAGGGUCAGAUGGAGGAGUUGACGCCGGCUCAGGUGGCGUCCCUCCCCAAAGCCACCGUAAUCUCCCGCCUUCGCUUUAUUCCCAAGACUGAUGGCAUGAGGCCUAUCACACGAGUCAUAGGAGCAGAUGCCAAAACAAGGGUCAUUUCUUUCCCCCUGCAGCUCUACCGAGGGCGUGUCCGGGACUUGCUGGAUAUGCUGCGGGCCUGUGUGCGCUCUACUCCGUCCCUUCUGGGCUCCACAGUGUGGGGGAUGACGGAUAUCCACAAGGUGUUGCGCUCUAUAUCUCCGGCCCAGAAAGAUAAGCCACAGCCUCUCUACUUUGUGAAGGUGGAUGUGAGUGGAGCCUUUGAGAGUCUGCCUCAUGACAAACUCUUUGAGGUGAUUGACCAGGCUCUAUCGCCCGUCCAGGACGAACUAUUUACCGUCCGCCGCUACGCCAAAAUCUGGGCUGAUUCCCACGAGGGUCUGAAAAAGGCCUUUGUUAGACAGGCAGACUUCCUGGAGGAUAACAUGGGAUCCACCAACAUGAAAGGGUUUGUGAUGUCACUGCAGAAAAGAAGAAAAGUUCAUCACGCCAUUCUGGUAGAGCAGCACUUCUGCUCAGAUCUUCAUGGCAGAGAGGCGUUGCAGUUCUUCACCCAGAUGCUGACCGGCAGCAUUGUUCAGUUUGGGAAGAAGACAUACCGCCAGUGUCGAGGGAUUCCUCAGGGCUCUGUUGUGUCCAGUCUGCUCUGCUGUCUCUGCUACGGUCACAUGGAGAACACCCUGUUCAAAGACAUUGCUGUAAAGAAAGGAUCUCUAAUGAGGCUGGUGGAUGACUUCCUUCUGAUCACGCCAGAAUUACACGAAGCACAAACCUUUCUCAAGAUCUUGCUGGCCGGGGUACCACAGUAUGGUCUGGUGGUCAACCCGCAGAAGGUGGUGGUCAACUUUCAGGCGUCGGAAAGCGUGGGCUCUUUCCCCGGGAUUCGUGUGCUGCCCCCUCACUGCCUGUUUCCCUGGUGUGGACUUCUGCUGGACACGCACUCACUGGACGUCUACAAAGACUAUUCUAGCUAUGCAGGCCUGUCUUUACGCUACAGCCUUACUUUGGGCUCUUUCCACUCAGCCGGACAGCAGAUGAGGAGGAAACUGAUGGCUGUCCUCAGACUCAAGUGCCAUGCCUUGUUCUUGGACCUGAAGGCCCUUGACCUACAAUCAGCUGCAAAACAAACAUACAUUAGCUGUGUCCCAGUUAAGGCAGAGGUUACAAACCAGAACCUGCACUUCCUCUAUCAAAUCAUACGGUCGGAUGCCGUUUAUCAACAUAUGGAGCCAAUUACAAGGGUGGCCAGCUGGGAGUUACCCUCCAACGGCAACAAAGUGACCAAUUCUCUUGAGGCAGUCUACAAGAACAUCUACAAACUGGUGCUGCUUCAUGCACGCAGGUUCCAUGUGUGUGCCCAGAGUUUGCCCUUCGGUCAGACUGUUGCUAAGAACACCAUGUACUUCCUGCAGAUGAUAUGGGAUAUGGCCGAAUACGCCAGUCAGCUCAUCAGGCUCAGCAACAAAGGACUGAUUUUAGGCAGCAAGGCCCAGACCGGCAUUAUGCAGUAUGAAGCAGUGGAGCUGCUUUUCUGUCUCUCCUUCUUGCAAGUGCUGUCACAGUACCGUCCUCUCUAUAAGGAUCUGCUCCCACACCUGCACAAACGGAAACGCAGUCUAGAGCGUCGCUUAGGGGACCUGAGGCUGGCCAGGGUCCGACAGGCCACUAAUCCCAGGACCCCAGAUGACUUCUUGGCCAUCCAGACAUAGACUACCAGCUGGCCCAAAUUACACAUCCAAACGCAACCAUGACACCCUCCAGCUAAAAGGUUUUGUGUGAGUGAGAUGACCAGUGUUUUGAAUUUGGAUCUGUCAGUGUGCCAAAGAAAGUGUAAUGUAUCUAUUAUACAGUACUGGGAAAGCUGCCUGCGCAGAAAUAGAAAAGCUGUCCUUAGUCAUCUGUAAUGAAACACUUAAGUCAUAAACACACCCCAUAAAACAACAACCACCAGAUCAAUAAAGAUGGAUCAUCAUUAAAAACCACCACU